CUUAAUCAUGAAUUGAAGUAUGAAAACCAACGUGGUUUUGCCUGCAAGAAUGAAGCACUGAACCUGUCUAGUAGGAGGAAUCUAUCAGUAAUAGAUACAAUGAGAACGAGAAGUUAACGUAAUGAUUUGAUCAACAGAAUUCAAUCAUCAUUGUAGCUGCUUUUUUCCGGGGCAAGUGUCCGUAGGUAUUUCAUAUUUGAGUUCGAAUACCCAGAUUCCUGGAGGAAAAGGUGCAUUGCUUCCAUGUUGGUUUAUGUGUCAUAGGAAGAAAACUCUUGCUACAAAUCCAUCUUUAACGUGACUCCUGGCAGCCAGCUUGCUCCAAAAAAAGGUUCCUCCUUUGAAUCCAAAGGUAAGAAGAAAGGAAUGCUUAAUGUCUGUCUCAGAGCAAAAUUCCUCGCAGCUUGCUCCAAAAAGUUUCCUUUUGGUUGCCUCCUUUCAAUCCAUACAAAGGUAGGAAGAAAGAAAGGAAUGCUUCGAUGCCUCAAAUCGGUUUCCCCAUGGUAUCAUCUUCCUUGUUGAUUCUCCAUGCUUAUUUCUAUCUCAUAAAACGGCCAACACAAACAUCCCUGUGUUCAAUUCAUUUCCCACGUAAACAUCUUUCGGUAAACAAAUAAGCCAGAACAUGGGAAGCCAUUUUCAUGGGUGUAAGUUGUGGGUGGUGUUUUUGGUGUUGGUGAUGAUGAAGGGAGCAACGGCGGCCGGAGGGCUGGCUGCCAACUGGGGGACUCAGUCGACGCACCCGUUGCCGGCGAACAUAGUGGUGAAGCUUCUGAAGGAGAAUGGGUUCGACAAGGUGAAGUUGUUCGAGGCAGACCCGCCGGCGUUGAAGGCGUUGGGGAACUCCGGCAUCCAAGUCAUGGUUGGGAUCCCAAACGAGCUUCUCGGGCCACUUUCCUCCUCGGUUCAGGCUGCGAUUGAUUGGGUUCAGCAGAACGUCUCCACCUACAUCUCACAAAUGGGUGUCAACAUAAGGCACGUGGCUGUGGGUAAUGAGCCAUUUCUCAAGACCUACAACGACAAAUUCGUACAUACAACAUUCCCAGCUCUUAAGAACAUCCAAGCUGCUUUGAUAAAGGCAGGGUUAGGGAGGCAAGUUAAGGUCACAAUUCCACUCAAUGCUGAUGUCUACCAGAGUGACAACGGUCUUCCUUCUGGCGGCAGCUUCCGACCAGAUAUCCAUGACCUUAUGGUCUCCAUCAUUAAGUUCCUUAGUGAAAGCAAUUCACCCCUUACCUUCAACAUCUACCCUUUCCUGAGCUUGUAUGCUGACUCCCACUUCCCAAAGGAGUAUGCCUACUUUGAUGGCAAUGCUGCCCCUCUUGUUGAUGGCUCCAUCUCCUACACUAACGUCUUCGAUGCCAAUUUCGACACCCUCAUCGCAGCUCUCGACAAGACCGGUUUCUCUUCCAUGCCUGUCAUUGUUGGCGAGGUGGGUUGGCCCACCGAUGGUGACAUGCAUGCCAACGUAGACAACGCCAGAAGAUUCAAUCAAGGGCUUGUCGAUAGGAUACUCCAAGGUCGUGGCACCCCAAGGCGCUCCACCCCUCCAGAUGUCUACAUAUUCUCCUUGAUUGAUGAAGAUGCUAAGAGCAUCGAUCCAGGAAACUUUGAGAGGCAUUGGGGGGUCUUCAACUUCGAUGGUGCCCUCAAGUACCAACUCAAUUUGGGGAGUGGUAGAGGUCUGGUCCCUGCCAAAGGUGUGAGGUACUUGACGCGACAAUGGUGUGUCUUGUCCCCUCAAGCAAGCUUGGAUGACCCUACUUUGGCUAGCAGCGUGAGCUACGCUUGUAGUUACUCUGAUUGCACUAGCUUGGGAUCUGGAUCUUCUUGUGGUGUAUUGGAUGCUAGGGGCAAUGCAUCUUAUGCUUUCAACGUGUACUUUCAAACAAUGAACCAGAGGAAAGGUACAUGUUCGUUUAGCAACAACCUCUCUAUGAUUACCACUCUUGAUCCAUCUGCUGGCACUUGUCGGUUCAAGGUCAUGAUUGAUACUGGGAAGCAUCAACUGCCUCCUGCACGUUCUUCAUCGACGGGAAGAAAACUCGAGUUUGUACUCAGUGUCGCUGCGAUCGCCAUGCUCCUAGUUUCUGGAGCCUAGUGAGUUGGAGCAACUGUUAAUAUUUGCUAAUGCAUAGAGAUCAUCACUGACAAAUGAGUAUUUCUUAAUUGACGACGAGAGACAAACUGCAAUAGCAUGCAAGCAAGGCACUCUUGUCUUGUGGCGUGGAACUUGCCACACGCGCACAUCCCUGUGUAACUUUAGUGUUCAAACUUUACAAUAUAAACACUAUCGCUAGCAAUUCAUUGAUUUAAAAGUCAAAUUUGUUACAUCAACCUUUUAGGGGUCGUUUGGCAAGCAUGAAUUGUAAAAUACAUGAAUUUCAAGAUAACAUGUAGGACUAUAAGAAUUCAUGUGAUGUGAUGUUAGAAUACAUAAUUUGGUUUACGUGAAUUGUGAAAUUGAUAAAUUUGUAUAAAAUAACAAAACUAUUAGAAAAUAACAAUAUUCCAAAGUAUAUUCACUUUAACCAUGUUUCACUUUAUGAACAAAAGGGGUAAGUAAGUUAGUGGGUCCCGUAAGUUGGGCGAAUUGUAUAAUGCUCUAUGUAACCACAAAGCAUUCGAAAAUUCAUAUUUGUGUGUGUUUUGAAAUUAUGUGGACCAUCAAUAUCAUUGUAUUCCUCUUUGAAGCUAAAAAAAAUAUUGAAAUUGG